AUGGGGGAGGUCUUUCUAGACAAAGCCCUCGGGCUGCUGUCAUCAGACCGGCAGAAAGACCGCGCUGAUGGCAUAGCAGAUCUCAAACAUAUUCUGCAACAAAACAGACAAAGCUCCAAGCUAUUAGAACUGAGCGACAAAGCCUGCCAUAGGAUAUUUGAGUCUAUAUUUCGAUAUAUCGCUGUAGAGCGAUCUAUCUAUAGCAAAGCCCAACGGCCGAAUACCAAGAGCCCCUCAUCCACCCGCUUGUCAACAUGUGCCUCCGUCUUUCGUACCGCCGUGGACAUUUUUUCACGGAACUUGAGACCCAAGACUGUCCGUGCGAUAAUUUGUCAUAUCAAGGAAACCAUAACAAUACCUGGAGAGGGCCUGUGGGAGCUCCUUAGUGUGGAUUAUAUCAAAUCUUUGACGUCUCUCCUCCGCUACCCGCCCCACGCCGAGCACCUAGGUGAUGCAGAUUGGGAAAGUCUAGUCGAUUUCUGUCUCACAGCGAUUAAUGGCAACGAUAAUGAGGAGAGUGAACUCGGAAUCCGCAGCAGAUACCAGCCUGCCUUUGAAGAUUCGCGGGAUAAUAGUGACGGCCGCUCAACCCCUUCACGAAUGACCCCUUCACGGACAACGCCCACCCCAAUCACUAGAGAAAGAUACCUGGGCGAUAUGAAUGCCAUUGGAGAAGUUGUAGUAUGUAUUCAGCUUCUGAUGACUUGCUGUCCCAGUGCGCCUGUUCAGGUUGCCGCAGAGGCCAUUCUGCAUGGACUUGUGGAGUUUGUUAAGUCAUCCUCAACGAUGGCUGGAAAUUCACAUCAACUGGCAUUCAGUAGCAUCAAUACAGUUGUUUUCAAAGUGUUGUUUGAUCAAUCCGGGUUGGCCAAAUCGUCCCUGAUGAGCCUCAUUCCAGUAAUCCGUCGCCUAUGGUCCACUAAGCUCCAAAGUCUGAAAGAUGAGUUGCUUAUCACGUUGAUGCUGUGCGUCAUUAUUCUUAUCGACGAGAACGAAAAGAAUCCUUCGGAAACGUUGGCUCAAAUGACCGAGGGGCUCAUAGAAUGCCUUCAUUCUGAGUAUACCAAACGACCUGAAAAGGACUUGUUGCAAAUUGAUGAAAUAGUCUUCUGCCGAGCAAGUGAAAAUAGAAGUCAGCCAAUCUUUCGGCCACGCCUGGGAAAUGAUCGGUCAGAACACAACUGGACUACUCUCUGGGUCUUGGCAAAUCUGUUGAAAUUGUCAGAAACCCUAGUUACUUGUCUACCAAGCGAAACAUCCACUCGUGAAGCACCAACUAAAAGGCAGCGUGUUAAUUCUGGAAUCGAAGACGUUUUUCGAGAUUCAGUAUCUGCAACAGGGACACGGAGAAUCUGUGCGCUCCAAUUGAUUCCCUUUCUUGAAGGUGAUAUUGAUAUCGAAAGGAAGGAAUUUUUCGUUCAGAGGCUUGCCCCAAACAUUCUGGAUGACAACGGCGCAGUGUCUUCUUGGUCCCUAGUGGCUUUCGCAAGUGUUGCAACUGGCGCUGAUGCCAAACACCCUCUAUUAAAAGGACAAUGGCCACGCGCGGUGGACUUGACAACCCGAGCAUUCUCUUCAUCGACCACAUCUCGAGCCGCCUGCUAUCUGAUGAACUCAAUAAUUGAGGCGGACCUUCUGGAACAUUCAUUUGUCACAGAAACAAUACGAACAUUAUUGUCUUCUGCAAGUUUGAACGGCCCUUCUACAAUCUCAGACUCAUCUCUUGGCCUGUGGUCAUUAAUAGCACGAAAGAGAACACAAAUCCGCCCCGAGUCAACCAAUGCAUCUAAGCAAAUCUGUAGUUGGCUGAGAGAAGUGUGGACAAUAGGCACAGUCACGGACCGGGCUCAAACGGCUCAAGUCGCAUUGUAUGCGCGCCCACUAGAAUUGCUUAAUCUUUUUAUGGCAUGCACGAAUCGCAGUUUUGAUAUUCCCCAUUAUCAACGUACUGGACCUACCGGACUGAUCGCCAGGGCAUGGUUUUUCUUGCACGAAAAUCAAGAAAUCAUGGCAUAUAUCUUCAAAAUAAAAGAUUCUUUUAACCGUUCAAACCCUUGGAGCUAUGAGAAUCUAUGGCCAUUAUCUUUUUCAAGCCGCCAAGACGAUGACGACUUCGUGGUCAUUGAGAUCCUACGCUCAAAGUCCGAAAUGUUCCUUCAAACAUGGAAAACUAUGACCGAUGACAAGUCACUUCAUAUUACUACGGAUAUUCUCCAAAUAUUGAUAUCUUUUUGCGUUACCUCCGCCCUUUUUGGAAAAUGUCUACCCCAGAAGUCGGCUUCUGCCCUCCAAGAUAUUCAAAACAACUGCCAUUCCCUGUGGAAUAGUAUUUGUGAGUUCUUGGCGGCCCACGAAUCAACUGCCAUGCAAGCUUGUCUUGAAAUUCUGUCACCGAUUAUUUCCUCUGUCUCUACCAUCGAGACGGCUUCCAUUGCUUGGAGGGGGUUGUCUCCUCUCCUUUUCCCGUUGGCGACUAUACUUGAGACCAAUAGGAAGGCAGUGAGAGGAGGCGAUCUUGCGUUGAAAGAUUUUAUGGAUUUGGACAAUCGAGUGUCAACCCCCGCGAGCUAUAUUUCUGCAGACCAAAUUAUUCUUGCUCAGAAUCGAGGCUCUUCACCCUUGAUUCAAGAUACGGCAACUUUUCAGCGUUCGAUGACUAUUCAAAUUUCCAUUUUACUUAAAACUGACUCUGGAAGUGGCAUACCUGGAGACUUUCCACCCUCGGUCCUAGUUGAUUAUUUAAACACUCUCGACGAGUCUGACCUGUUAUCUUCACAUUACCUCCUACCACAGAUCUAUCAUGCUUGCUCAGAAUUUCCUCGACAUGAAAUACUUCGCAUUCUGGAGUACUUGGGGGAGAAGUGCCUUCAGUCAUAUGAAAUGGAGCGUUGUGAAGCUUCUCACAAUCUGUGCAUUGCCAUGAUGACUUGUUUCGUCAAAUCUUGGACAAAUAUCCUAAAUGAUACCCUCAACGAGUCCGCUUUGGAUAUGUACAGCUGGUUUAUGGAAGCCCUGCUGGCCAGGAAGAGAGCCUCACACAACGUAUACAUUGCUUUGUCGAAGCUUGUCCAAGCUGUUCUUAUUUCUCGCCCUUCCUUUGGCAGCGAGGAAUCUUUUCCAUCACCUCGCACCAGCCUGUUUACAAUUCUCCAAGAAUGCGACAUUCAAGUCAAACUCAGCGUUGGGAAAUUUAUUCCGACAUUGUUUGAGCGAUUCAUGCUCAAAGACCAUGAUACUAUCUUUGAUGACGUACUGGAAAGCUUGCCCAGGGAUCCGGAUUGGAUCGAGGGGAUUGCCUUGCGUCUUUUCGUCCUCUCCAAACUGGCGUCCAAGUGGCAUACCUUGUUGCGCAGAAGUAUUUACCACAUGUUUGAGACACCGGCCCAUGUCCCUCUUUCCUUGCCAUAUGCUCAAAAAUGCAUGAAAAUGGUUUCGACUACUCUUGGUUUGAAGGAUGCUCGAGAGUUGUUCCGCCUUUUUUCGUCCCAAACACUCUAUACUUGGACAGAGACCCAGAGCUUCGCUUCCAUCCCAUUUAGUAUCUUCGGGUAUGAUAACCUCAAGGAAAUGUUGAUUGAUGUGAAGGAUGAGAUAGUUGGGCAAAUGAUGAUGCGAGCGAAGGAUUCUGAAACGGAGGAGUUGGCAAAAUAUCUUGAAAUGGCUCACAUUGAACUCAUCAAAACAUCAUUCUACAAAGCAGAGGCGUACAGUAUCGCACGAGACAUCAGCACGCCGCCUGGACAAGGAAGCCAGCCGAAAGGAGUGGAAAUCAAGCUUAGAAAGCUUUUAGGACCCGAAGGAUUUCUGGCGGAGAUCGAAACUCAUUUCCCUCAGAUCAUUGCCUCUUUUUUCAAAUCUCUCGACCGUUACGAUCAGGUCGAAAAAGCUUAUUUAAGGCGUCCCAGCUUCAAGUAUGCACUCGACAUUCAAACCCAGAUUGCAAGCAAAACUCCCUCUCAAAUUCCGCUUCCUGCAAAUCAGCAACCUUCCUUCCGAGCUCGUUACCUACUGGAUGAACUAGAGUUUCUCUGUAAGCGUGCUGGAUUUGAACUUGAGUCAAUAUGGACACCAACUUUGGCAUCGUUUGUUUGUCGAUCAUUACUGGAGUCAAUACACCCCGCGUUGGGGUCUCUGCAUACUUGCUCCGUUAUCCGGAAGAUCAGGAUCCUUGUUUGUUUGGCUGGUCCUAUCAUGCUUGAAGAUUACCCCCUCGAGAUGUUGCUUCAUGCCCUUCGGCCCUUUCUAGUUGAUAUUUACUGCUCCGAAGAUGCCCUAGGGAUAUUCUGGUACCUUUUAGAAGCCGGGAAAUCAUACCUCAUCCAAAAUCCCGGCUUGACGGCUGGAAUAUGCAUCUCGACUUUGAUGACGCUACGAAGAUUAUUUUCAUCAUCACCAGAAACGACAGCACAGCAGAAUCAAUACCAAAUAGUGACCUCGAACGCUCGAAAAUUUCAGCAAUGGGUCUUUGAAUUUGUUGAGAGUUGCAUCACUUCGGAUUGGACGAUAGAGGUUAAGGCAAUGUUUUCUCAGCUACUCAAUCUGGCUCAGAAUCUAGCCUCACAGGAUGACCUUGCAAGUCGAAAGAGCGAGAAGGAUAUGGUAUUCCUAGUAUUUCAAGAUCGAGACUCAAGUCAGCCUUUGUUGAGCCGAUCGGUAGGAGAUCUUAUUCUGUCGCUUCUGUGCUCUGAGUUUAAAGGAAAAAGCAUGGAUGUUGAUAACCCCAGUGAUGACCAUCUGGAGUCGGCUUCUCAUCUUGUUUCUUUGUGGCAUACUCUUCAAAAAUCCAAUGGUGGUCCUGAGUACCAGCUGUGGGCUUCGCGAGUGAUUGGUCGCUCUUUUGCAUCAACUGGAAAAAUUAACGACAGUUUACUGCGAGAACAAGACCUUUCGUUGUUCCAUAAAUCCGAGUUGGGUGAGCAGUCCGACCCCCUUUGCCAAUCCAAAGCAAGUAUUCUUCAGGUGCUCUGUGACAGAAUAAAGAUCCAGAAUCAUUCACAGACUGGCCUUAUUGAACGCACACUUCAACUCAUUAUCAGCAGCAUCACAAAGUUUCCAGAUUACCAAGCAUGUGUAGCGGUCAUUCCGGAGUCACUGAUGAAAGCUCUUAUCUGGGAGCCAUAUACAUGCCCUACAAUAUCUCUUGCCACGGCAGAGCUUGAAUUAUGCAAUCAGGUCAAAAGUCCAGCUGCCGAUCUGUCAGUUGCUGAAUGGGCUCGCAACAUCUGCCUGUGGUUAUCUAAUGCCGUUAUUGAAGAUCCAGUCAUUGGAUUUUUACCCAAAGUUUUGAGUGUGAUUCCUGGAUUGGCUGUGCAAAUUUUACCGUAUAUUGUCCAUGACGUGCUAUUAACGGAAUGGAGCGGUCGAGGUCAAACCAAAAGAGCCAUUUCCCAAAACUUCAAAGAAAUAAUGAGUCAUGUUCACCCGGAGACAAUGCCACAUGCUCGCCUUGUGAUUAACUGCAUCCUGUAUCUCCGCAACCAACCCGUGCCUGACGAAUCAACAAUUGUUUCCCGUGACGAAUGGCUUGAAAUAGAUUAUGCCGAGGCAUCCUCAGCUGCCCAUAAAUGUGGGUUACAAAAGACAUCCCUGUUGUUUCUUGAGAUACAGGCCUCCAAGGUUAUUUCUGGAUCUCGUCGCUCCUCCGUGGCUAAAUUUGAACCGCCGAUCGGUCUUUUGCAUGAUGUUUUCAAGAAUAUUGACGAUCCAGACCUGUUUUAUGGAAUCCAGCAAAGUUCAUCUCUAUCGACGGUAAUGGAGCGGCUUGAGUAUGAAAGCUCGGGCCUGAAAAAUCUACUGUUUCAGAGUGCCCAAUAUGACAGUGAGGUUCAGAUGUCUGACAACGCAAAUCCUUACGGUGUUUUGAGAGCCUUGAAUGCAACGAAUCUCCAAGGCAUUGCCAACACCAUGUUGGUAGCCUCCAGCAACAUAAAGAGUCUACCGGCUUCCUUUGAUAGCAUGUUACAAGCAGCAACAAGUCUUCAGCAGUGGGAUGUUCCAGUAUCACCAUCGGAUUCUUCACCGUCAGCGAUCAUAUUCCGCACAUUUCAAAGCUUGAAUAAUUCUUCAUCAUUGUCCGAGUUCACUACCUGCCUCGAAGAUUGUCUGCUUACUACAGCCAAUACUCUUGUCGAAAGUGGGCAAUCAGCGAUACAAUUGCGAAGCACAAUGCGCGCUCUUGGAAUAAUGAGUGAAAUCUGCGAUGUGAUUCAAGCAUCAUCCUCACAGGCUUUGGAAGAGAAAUGGCAGACUAUCCUGGAUAGAAGUAGCUGGUUGAAAACCGAAAGCUAUGCCGAAGUCGGGGAAAUUCUGAGUUGGCAUGAGGCCCUUUUUUCCUCAAUACGGAAGAAUGAGUACCUGAUGUUGAAAUUUAACUUGAGCCCCCGCGAUGCACGUCUACUUGAAGCGAAGGUCUUUCGACAAUCUCUGGAAAUUACAAGAAGCCAUGGCGUUUCACAGGCAUCAUUAAAAUCGGCCAUCAGUCUAUCGAAACUUUCCGGACCCUGUGCUGAUUUGGGGAUCAAUGUUGAUGGGGUAGCAAAGUUUGACCUUGCCAACGUUCUCUGGGACCAGGCUGAGAUGACUGCAUCGAUUCAAAUGCUACAGCAAUUGAAAAGCCAAGGGGAUCUGCACAAGCAAGCAAUUCCACUAAGUCGUGCUGAAUUAUUGGUAACUCUGGGUCAUCAUGUCGCUGAAGCGCGACUGGAAAAGCCCGAAGUGAUUCUUCAAGAAUAUCUGUACUCAGCAGUCAAGGAAUUGAAAGGAGCCCCAGAAGGAGAAACAGCAGGACGCGUGUAUCAUGGAUUCGCCACUUUCUGUGAUUCACAGCUUCUGAAUUCUGAUGGCCUCGAAGAUUUCAAGCGUGUAGAGCAACUUCGUGAUCGCAAAGAGACAGAGCUGCUCGAACUGGAAAAUAUGAUGAAGAAUGCAGAAGGUCGAGAAAGAGAGAAUCUGAAAAUAUUCCGCGCGAAAGCAAAACAGUGGUUUGAUCUCGACGAUAGAGAAUACCAGCGUCUUUUACGAAGCAGGGAGGCAUUUCUGCACCAAAGUCUCGAAAAUUAUCUGCUCGCAAUGAGGGAAAGUGAUAGAUACGACAACGAUGCUCUUCGCUUUUGCGCACUAUGGCUUGACAAGUCAGACAGCAAGACAGCAAACUCAGCUGUUGCUCGAUAUCUCAAUGAUGUUCCAAGUCGGAAGUUUGCCCCUCUGAUGAACCAGUUAUCUUCUCGUCUUCUUGAUGUCUCCGAUGAUUUCCAAUCGCUACUCACAGGAUUGGUAUACAGGAUUUGCGCCGAACAUCCGUUUCAUGGCAUGUAUCAAAUAUUUGCCAGCAGCAAGUCCAAAGGCGGAAAAGACCAAUCCUCGCAUUCUCGAUUUCGCGCUGCGAACAAACUUGUUGACCGAUUAAAGAAUGACAAGAAAAUUGGUCCUACAUGGAUCGCGGUCCAUAACAUGAAUAUCACUUAUGUCCGGUUCGCGAUCGAUAAGCCAGACAACAAAUUCAAGACCGGCGCGAAGAUUCCGCUGAAGAAAUUGCCCACGGGAGAUCGUCUCGGGAAAGAUGCAGAGACCUACAAAUUGCCGCCACCCACCAUGAAAAUAGAUCUACGGGCAGACCUUAAUUAUAGUGAUGUCCCUUCUAUUGCUAGGUUUAGCCCCGAAUUCACAAUCGCAUCGGGUGUAAGCGCUCCCAAAAUUGUGACUGCUGUUGCCACCAACGGGGUUCGAUUCAAGCAAUUGUACAAAGGAGGAAACGAUGACUUGCGCCAAGACGCCAUAAUGGAACAGGUGUUUGAGCAAGUUAGCAGCCUUCUCAAAGAUCAUCAGCCCACGCGCCAGCGGAACCUGGGAAUUAGAACGUACAAAGUUCUUCCACUGACACUCAAUGCUGGGAUCAUCGAAUUUGUCCCCAACACCAUUCCCUUGCAUGACUAUCUGAUGCCGGCACACCAACGGUAUUAUCCGAAAGACAUGAAGCCUAGUGCUUGCAGGAAGCACAUUGCCGAUGUACAGACAAAGUCAUUCGAACAACGCGUCAGAACGUACCGCCAAGUGACAGAGCAUUUUCAUCCAGUGAUGAAGUACUUCUUCAUGGAGAAGUUCAAAAACCCUGAUGACUGGUUUAGUAAGCGGCUGUCGUAUACCCGAAGUACUGCUGCAAUAUCCAUUCUUGGUCACGUUCUUGGACUUGGUGAUCGGCAUGGACAUAACAUCCUGCUAGAUGAGAAGACAGGAGAAGUGGUACACAUUGACCUUGGUGUCGCCUUUGAGCAAGGACGUAUCCUACCUGUCCCUGAAGUUGUGCCCUUCCGACUGACGCGUGAUCUGGUUGAUGGCUUUGGCAUAACCAAGACCGAGGGUGUUUUCACACGCUGCUGCGAGUUUACUCUAGAAGCGCUUCGCCAGGAAUCAUACAGUAUCAUGACCAUUCUCGACGUCCUUCGGUAUGAUCCGUUGUACAGCUGGACGGUCUCCCCUCUGCGAAUGAAAAAAAUGCAAGAUGACCAGGAGGCAGGCGAAGGACCACCUGUGCUCACUGGCACGACCGACAAAACUUCACAGAAUGAACCAAGUGAGGCCGAUCGAGCCUUGACUGUUGUGGCGAAGAAACUCAGUAAAACAUUGAGUGCUACUGCUACCGUCAACGAGUUGAUCCAGCAAGCAACCGACGAGAAAAAUCUGGCCGUCCUUUACUGUGGCUGGGCAUCCUAUGCUUGA